ACCCAAAGUCCCCGCUCCGUAUCGUCUUCUACCUCAUUGUCCUACCAUGUCACUGCCAGAAGCCAACCACACCGUGCAAAACCCGCCAUAUAUGUCUGCCAACCCUCCAAUACUUCCGGCGGCUAAUCCCUUAGGACACCCCCACCAGCCUCCGCAAAUGUCGCAAGCUCAUCCUCAGAUACCACUACCGUAUCAGCUGACCCCAUCUCAGGGCCAGCCUGGCUAUUACUACCCGAACCAUCUGUACUAUCCGCCUGCCAGUGGCUCCAGCACCAACACAUCCCAAUCGCAGUACCCGCCCGCCACCGCCAACCCUAACUGGCGCUAUGCACAGUAUCCCUACACCGCACCAUCCAUCCCGCUAAAACAACAAGAUCCUCCUGGAAUCAGCACCGCACGUGUGCCCAGUCCUGGUACCGAGCUGGGCUUCCGCAAGCGCCGUGCGGACGAGAACAAUGCCGCAGGCGUCAAAGUCGAAGCAGCGGAGGAGACUCCUGCCAAACGCGUGAAGGUAAGCGAAGCAAGCGCGAGCGAUGCGAACGCGGUGAAUGACGCCACACAUGCCAAUGUGAAUGCACGUGCGCCCGGACUUUCCAUGAUCUACUGGAUAGACGAGGACGUCAAGUGUUAUCAGAUCGAGGUGGACGGUGUCUGUGUCACCCGCAGGGUUGACACGGAUUUUGUUAACGGCACCAAGCUCCUCAACGUAUCGCGUACGUCGCGCGGGCGCCGUGAUGGGCUCCUUAAGGCUGAAAAGGACCGCUAUGUGGUCAAGAUCGGUAACAUGACCUUUAAGGGUGUGUGGAUCCCGUUGGAUCGUGCACGCUUGCUUGCGCUGCAGGAGAACGGGCUCUUGGAGCGUGUCGCGCCGAUUCUCGACGACAACGCACGGCAGUUUGUCUCGGUAGACCACACCGACACGGACGUGCCUACGCCUGUAGCGGUUGCUCCUGUUUCAGAGUCGAAGCCGGAGCCAAUGCUGGACGUGCACAAGCUCCUUUCGAUCGAACCCGUGGAGCUGAAACCGGAACCUUCAGAUUUCUCUGGUUCCCGAAGCCCGUUGUCCCACAUUAUGGAUACCCCCGUAAAGUCGAAAGAGAGCACGAAGGGAUCGGUGUCGGUACCGGCGACAGCGGAGGGAUACAACCCAUAUGCCGUGCCAUACUACCCGUACUACCCAUACCCUUACUACUAUUACCCCCAGCCAUCUGCCCCUAAAACAUCAGAUAGCCGCAAAAGCGACCACAAGAGUGAUCGCAAGAGCGAUCGCAAGAGUGACCGCAAAAGUUCUGGUGGUAAAAGUGACAGCCGCAAGAGUUCGCCGCAGGCGCAACUGUACCCAUACGCGCCACCAUACCCGUACUCAUACUAUCCACAACCCACAGGUGACAAGGCCGCCCCGCCUGGGUACCCGCUGUACCCGUACAUGUAUUAUCCGCCACCGCAGUACCAGGGGUAUGGUAUGUACCCUCACCCGCCAUACCCCGGCCACCAGGUGACCCCUUCUGUGGAUGCGGGUGUUGCGGGCUUGGCGAUCGGGACCAAGAAGAAGAAAGGUGAUGGGAAAGCUGGAGACGAUAAAGUGAGUGCCUAAUCGCAGCUGCCCUGGGUUUCUCCCGAUUCCAGCCAUAACGUUUGCCAGCGGGUAGUUGAGGUGGUUAGUAAGGAUUUUCGUAUGGUUUUUUAUCUUGAAAAAUAGUUAUGCGUUUUGUCUUUGUUUCGUCCCUUCGAUGGUGGCUAUUAAAGCUCAGCCGGAGAGGAUCCCAGAAGGUGGAAAUGUAAACUAAGACUGGUUGGUGAGUUAUCAGAGAGGUUCGUACUGGAAUCAGACACUGGGAACAGGUCUUUACUACGCUAUAUAUGUAUCAAUGCGCAUCAGUAACGAAUUAUAUUCAGUCAAACGAAGUAUACGUUAAAGCAAAGGGCAUCUUAAACUUUCGCCUCGGACACUGAUGGAAAUAACAUGGCCCCACUAUAAUAGAGAUACACCACCCUUUAUGUCUCCGUUUUAGCCCCUCCGUCGGUCUCCUUGCUUCCCCCAUUCUCAU